GUACAAAAGACUGUUAAUUAUUUGUUUUCAGCCCUCUAGUUUAGGUUUUCUUCUUCAAAGUAUUUUAGGUGCAGUAAUUUAUUUCAGCCACUGGGUGGCUUCAUGUUCAAUUUUGUUACAGCUUGUUUAUGGAUCUGAGUAGAGUGUUACGGUUCUCAAGGCUGACUCCGUUCAUAACCUCUUUCUAUUGUGUGCGUCCAUUGAAUGAAACCACACACACACACACACGCCACACACACACCUGUGCCCUUAUAUGUAUAGCUGAACCUCCAGAGCUAAUUAAAACCAAGUAAAGCUCAAUUCUGGACUUGGACAUUCUCUUCUUUCACUAACUCACCUGAACAUAUAUAUCAGCUGUUCUAACCCGACACCCUGGAGUGAUUGUUCAUCCACAACUGAACCAGCUACAGUCUUCAUUACAAUUUUGGUCCUUCGAGCCGGAUUAAGCAACCACUACAGUCAAUAUGUCAAGGCCACAUGAGAAACAUUGGAGAGAUGUAAACCUCCCACAGAGAUCGAGGCAUGUACCAUCAUAUCUCCAGAAUUAUGAGGUCAGCUAUACACCAAGGCACCACAUUACUGAGGAGGAGCAGCCAUCUUCAUCUGAAAUGCGCAGAUAUCUUCAAAGCAUGAGAGAGGAAAGCGACCAACUACGCAGAGAGGUCCAGCGUCUUACAGAUAUAAUCCAACAAUCUCCUGGACAGGCAUCAAAACCUCAGUCACAGUCCAAGUGUAGAGAAGAGGACACAUCUACUACACCAGCACCUACUAGUAAGCCGACGCCAUAUAGUGGCCACACAGGCCCACGUCAGGCAGUAAGUGCCCCCUCGGUGAUUAAUGAUGUUCCUCCAACUCCACAAAGCCACCGACGUGACCCCAUUGAGGACCUGGAUCGCUGUCUGCAGGAAGUGGGAUUACUCAGCAAAGAUGACAUUUCUCCUGUAACAUCUCGAAGCUCAUCUCCCUUCUCCCAAGCCAAGCCUAUGGAUUUCAAUACUGAUGAUUGUAUGGAACCAGAGUCAUCACAUCAAAGAGAGUCUAAAUCACACCGUAAAGCUUGUGAUAAAUCAUGUGAUAGCAAAAGGCCACAUUUUAAAGCAGCAUCCAACUCUGAUGUCAAGUAUUAUCCCAACUAUGAGGAUGAUUAUGACCGCUAUAAUGAGCCCUAUCACCAUGAUGACAGAUCUCACCAUUAUUAUGGUGUCUCUCCAUUCAAGUCAAGUCACCCAGACCACGGUGACGAAUAUGGCCCAAUGAGGCCCAACCGACCAAGUAGUCCAAGCGCUCGCCAUGAUAGCCGCUACUAUGGAGCAGAGAGGAGACAAUCUUCUGAUUACAGGGAUCACCAUGAUGAUUACCAUGCAACACUCUAUGAAUGUGACAGAGAGAGAUGUCGGGGAGGCAGAUACUCAUCUGACCACCAACAUUCCCCCCAUCUAGAUCCUUCUUUUGGUAAAUCCUCAGCGCUAGAGUAUUACCAUGGUCCCAAACCGACUAUCCCUUACUUCAAGUCCGAGGACCCUCGUGAGUUUGCCAGAUUGAAACUAGCCCUCGACAACUUGCUCCCAUAUGACGCUCCAGAGCAUUUUAAGUUUCAAAUACUCACAGAUCAUCUCAAAUGUGAAGAGGCGCUACUUAUAGCCGACUCAUACAGUAACAGUCCACUCCCAUUUACGGACACUAUAAGAGCGCUCACUGAGAUGUAUGGUCAACCGCAGCAGCUGGCGCUGAAGAGGAUUUCUGAUUUAAUGGAUGGACCUAAUAUCAGACCUGGGGACAUUAAAGCAUUUAAGUCUUUUGCCCUUCAAGUUCGAGCCUUAGUAGGAAUGCUGCAGCAACUUGGAAGCCAAGGAUGGACAGAACUGAGAUGUGCAUCACAUGUCUCUCGUCUCCUAGUGAAGUUGCCACACGACCUAAGAGCACACUUUCAUAGAUUUGUGAACCCUGUUCAUACUCCAGUUCCAACCCUGCUUGAUCUGGCUGACUGGCUUGAGUACGAAGUACGAGUUCAAGUUAGUGGUGAUCAAUACAGCAGUACCUCCAAUAGAGAGAGACAAGCUCCACCCAAGAGCCGACAUCCUGACUACAAGUCACAAAGAUCUACAGCGAUUCUACUUGGCAGUCAGUCUCCUCAGUCAAAGAUGAAAUCAGAUAGGACUCCAGCUAUGAGAGAGAUCUCUCAGGACAAACCAAAGAAAUACUGUCCCUUCUGCGAUACAGAGCUUCAUUAUUUGAACCAGUGCAGCAACUUCAAAAUCCUGUCAGUAGAGCAGAGGACAGAGUGGAUUAAAGCAAACAGACGAUGCUGGCGCUGCGGUCGGGAACAUCAGGCUGUCAGGUGCAAUCUCAAAGCCAAGUGCAAACAAUGUGAAAGGAAGCAUUUGGAUAUCCUGCACGAGGUUAAUACCAGCCAAAUAAGCACAGCACCUGUCGAACCUCAACCACCUCAGCCGAGCACAUGCCUAGUGAGUUCUGUUUCAGAGACACUGUACGUUGAUCGGCCAGUUAGAAGCAACCAAGUGUUACUCAAGUUGUGCCGUGUCAUACUCCAGAGCGGUCCAAAGGUACUAGAGACCUACGCAAUACUGGAUGAUGGAUCAGAGCGCACAAUACUCCUACAUGAUGCUGCUCUUAGCCUGGGCCUUCAAGGGAAGCCUGAAGAUCUCACACUUCGUACCGUCCGGCAAGAAGUCUGCACUAUUAACGGUGCCACUGUCUCCUUCUCAGUUGCUCCAGCUUCACAGCCUAGUAAGUCAUACCAGGUCAACAAAGCUUUCACGGCUAAACAGCUAAACUUAGCCUGCCAUACCUACCCAGUUGAAGUUCUGCAGGAAAAGUAUCGCCAUCUCAGAGACAUUCCGCUGCCAUCCAUUAAAUGUGCCCAGCCAUUGCUGCUGAUAGGGUCAGAUAACCCACAUCUAGUUACGCCAGUGGAACCAGUACGUCUCGGUCCACCAGGUGGACCUGCAGCAGUUCAUACGAGGUUAGGAUGGACUUUACAAGGCCCCACAAGUCUGUUAUGCCAUCAACUGUCUCCACAACAGUGCCUCUUCACUAAGUGCAAUCCACCGGAAGCAGAGCUUCUAAGUCAUGUGGAAAAGUUGUGGCAGCUAGAUACGCUGCCAUACAGGAGUGAACGGUUGAUUACCAGGUCAAGAGAAGAUUUGGAGGCAGUCCGCAUACUGGAAGAUAAGACCACCAGAGUAAUGGUCGAUGGUGUGAACAGGUAUGCGACACCAUUGUUAUGGAAACGGGACUUCCCACCCCUCCUUUCACCUAAAGAAGCUGUCUUACCACAGCUGCGUGGGACAGAGAAACGGCUAGUAAAAGACCCAGAAAAAGCCACCAUUUACUCUAGAGAAAUCCACAAGCUCAUUGAUGCUGGUUACGUCAAAGCCAUAACCCCAACUAAGGCAAAGGAGAGCAACUAUUCAUGGUUCAUUCCACACCACAUUGUUCAACACAAUGGGAAGUACAGAAUAGUCUUCAAUUGCUCCUUCAUCUUUAAUGAGCAGAGCAUCAAUGAUCACCUUCUUCCUGGGCCCACACUUGGAGCCAGUCUUCUGGGAGUCCUCCUUAGGUUCCGAGAGCACCCCGUGGCUAUCAGCAGUGAUGUGAAGGGAAUGUUUCAUCAGGUACGCCUGUUGGAUGAGGAUAAACCCUUCCUUCGUUUCCUGUGGAGAGAUGUUAAAGUGGACCAGGAACCUACUAUCUAUGAGUGGCAAGUGCUCCCCUUUGGUACAACGUGCAGUCCAUGUUGCGCCGCCUUUGCAUUACAAAGUCAUGUCCAAAAACACACAGCACCAGAGGAGGAUGCCCGCCAAUCAGUAGAACGUUGUUUCUAUGUUGAUAACUGUCUGCAGAGUCUUCAGUCAGAGAACCAGGCCAAGCAGCUGGUGAAUCGACUGCACACAGUACUCAUGGAAGGUGGAUUUGAGCUCAGAGAAUGGGCCAGCAAUGUUCCUGCUGUCAUCAAACACCUACCCAAAGAAUUAAGAUCAGAAAGCAGCACACUUUGGUUCACACAACAAACAGCUAACCCUCAAGAACGUACACUUGGACUGUUGUGGCAGUGUAAGUCAGACACACUCUGCUAUAAGCAGCACAACCGUGACUGUCUUGAACCAACUAUGCGCAACAUCUAUCGUCUUCUUGCCCAACAAUACGAUCCUCUGGGAUACAUUAUUCCAUAUACGACCAGAGCUAAGAUCAUUGUACAGCGACUUUGGGACAAGAAGAGAGGUUGGGAUGAUCCCAAUCUCCCUGAAGAUCUGCUCCAAGCUUGGAAGUCAUGGGAGGAAGAGCUUCCCCAGUUGUCCCAGAUCGCUUUACCCAGAUGUUACACUGACCACAACACAGAUCGUAGUACCAUCAGUCAGACCAUCCAUGUGUUUUGUGACGCAUCUGAACGUGCUUAUGGAUCAGUGGCGUACCUGCGUAGUGAUAACGGGGAUGGACAGAUACAAGUUGCAUUCUUAGCUGCCAGAUCCAGAGUUGCCCCAAAGAAGCAACUAUCGAUACCUCGACUCGAGUUAUGCGGUGCUCUAACUGGAGCACAGUUAGCUUCAGUGCUGCUGAAAGAACUCACCAUCAAGAUCCAAAAAGUGGUAUACUGGACUGAUUCCACCACCGUACUCAACUGGCUCAAAUCCAAUUCCUGCAGAUAUAAAGUGUUUGUAGGUACAAGGGUUGCAGAGAUACAGGAAUUAUCAGAUAUCAAAUCCUGGCAUUACAUUGAUUCUGCCUCCAACCCAGCAGAUGAUAUCACCAGAGGGAAAACAUUAGCCCAACUGACUGAAAAAAGUCGUUGGACUCAUGGACCAUCCUUCCUCCUGCAGGCAUCUGAUCAGUGGCCUGAAUCACCAACUGACCACUUUAUCGAGGAAACAGAGGAGUUGAGGAGCCCAGUAUUCUGUGGUCUAACUAGCUCACCCCAACCGACUCUUCCUGACAUGCAGCAGUUUAACACCUUUCAAGAGCUACUAGAAGCAACUGCAAGAGUACUCGAUGGGGCGGCCAGUGACAAGUCUCCCACUGCUGAUGACUAUCACAAGGCUGAGUUAGCCCUUUUCAGACAGGCUCAGAUGGAGAACUUCCCAGAAGAAAUGACGUUACUCAAAUCGGGAAAAGCUCUUCCAUCUACCAGUAGAGUGCUCACACUCGCCCCUGAAUAUGAUCAGACCUCAGGUCUAAUCCGUGUUGGAGGAAAUGGAGAGGCAACCCUCAAGUCCCAAGGAUGGCAGAUCUUCCACCCUCCAGUUUGA